CGUUUGCGCCACCUACAGCGCGGGAGGGUGAGCGUCAUGGCGGCUUCUUGCCCGCUCCCAGUGACCCAGGACCUGUCCACGUUACGUGCCAAGUUGCAGGGGCUUCUGCGAUUCCUGCGCGAAGCCCUGUCCAUUUCCAAUGCACACACGGUGGACUUCUACACGGAGUCCGUGUGGGAGCAACUAAUCGACUUGCCUCCGGAGACAGUACUGGCAGUGCUAAAGAAAUCGACGGAGGAGGCGGAGGCCCGGCCCUCGGAGGCGCGCCCCCUGGUGGAAGCCGAGAGAGCAUCAGGUAUUACUGAUUUUCCCAAAAUAUUUUGUGAAACUUCCCAGAAGCUGUUGAGUGUGGAAGCCUUUGCUCUAGCUGCAAAAUAUUAUUCAUUACAGAACUUGGGAGUAUGUACUCCUUUGGAACAGUUGCUUGUAGCCCUGAGAGGAAAUCAAACCCAGAAAACUGGUGAAAAUGUGAAGCCAGAUGAAUUUAUGAAUUUGAAAAAAUCUCAUGAAGUUCAGGCAAUGUCAGAGCUGAUCAGUAGUAUUGCUGAUUACUAUGGAAUAAAACAGGUAAUUGACCUGGGUUCUGGAAAAGGCUACCUAAGCUCCUUUUUGUCCUUGAAGUAUGGCUUAAAAGUUUAUGGAAUCGAUUCCUCUAAUACCAAUACACAUGGAGCUCAGGAGAGAAACAGGAAAUUGAAGAAACAUUGGAAAAUAUGUCAUACUCAGUCAAAAUCAGAUGUCAAUGGACUGGCAUUAAAAAUGGCCAAAGGAAAGAAAAUGCAAGGUGAAAUUCCAUAUAAAGCAAAUACUGAGGAAGUAUGUAACAACAGUCCUACAAGUCAAGAAAUGAUGUCUACCUCAGAGUUUUUGCCUGAUUUUUCAGUCUCUGUAAUUUCUAACAUCAGAAAACAAAUGGAAAACCUACAUGUCUGUUCACAUCGAGAAGAAAAUUUGUGUUUUGCAAAUGCCUUUUCUCUUAUAGACCUUUUGCCUAUUGAUGCCAUAGAACCUACUUCUUCCUCUCGAAUGCCGAAGAGAAAAAUGUUGGAAGCAAAUAAAGAGAGAAGAAAAACAACAUCAAAGUCAACUGAAUCGAAUAUAUAUUCACCUUUAACAUCUUUCGUCACUGCUGAUUCAGAAUUACAUGAUAUUAUUAAAGAUCUGGAGGAUUGUUUGAUGGUAGGUCUACAUACUUGCGGUGAUCUUGCUCCAAAUACUCUCCGAAUAUUUACUUCCAAGUCUGAAAUCAAGGGAGUUUGCAGUGUGGGUUGUUGCUACCACCUCUUAUCUGAAGAGUUUGAAGACCCACAUAAAGAAUGUACUCAAGAAAAGUGGGGAUUUCCAAUGUGCCACUAUUUAAAGGAAGAGAGAUGGUGUUGUGGUCGCAAUGCCAGAAUGUCAGCAUGUUUGGCAUUGGAGCGGGUUGCAGUUGGCCGAGGGCUGCCUACUGAAUCACUCUUCUAUCGUGCCGUCCUUCAGGAUAUUAUUAAAGAUUGUUAUGGCAUCACCAAAUGUGAUCGGCACGUUGGUAAAAUUUAUUCCAAAUCCUCUUCUUUUUUGGAUUAUGUCAGAAAGUCACUAAGGAAGCUUGGAUUAGAUGAGUCCAAGCUGCCAGAAAAACUUAUAAUGGACUACUAUGAGAAGUAUAAGCCUAGAAUGAAUGAGCUGGAAGCUUUUAAUAUGUUGAAAGUUGUUCUGGCUCCUUGUAUAGAGACAUUGAUUCUUCUGGAUCGACUUUGCUACCUAAAAGAGCAGGAAGAUAUUGCAUGGUCUGCACUUGUGAAGUUGUUUGAUCCUGUGAAAUCUCCCAGAUGUUAUGCUGUUAUUGCUCUGAAGCAGCAGCAGUGAUUUCAGUUGAAGCAAGGUAUUAGAUGUAUCUGUGGAAACUUUUGCUAAUUUUGCUUUUCAAAACAUCUAUGGGAUGUUACAUACAGAAAUAUUUUUAAAACAUUGCCUUAUAUUUUAAAUAAACAAUAAAAUAAUAGCUAACAACA